AUGCAUAUACACAAAUUGAAAAAAAAGAUUAAAAAGAAGAAGGAAGGGAAGUACCUUACUAAAAAAAACAUUCAGAAGAAAUUAUUUUUGAGUGAAGAAGAAUUUCGUAAGCUUUGUAUUUUUAAAGGAAUAUAUCCAAAAGAUUUUAAAGAAAUUCCAUUAAAAUAUCGAAAGAAAUUUUAUAAGCAUAAAGUGUUUUAUACCAAAAAUGAUUUUUUAAAAAUAUCACAUGAAAAAAUAAUUAAUGAUUUUAGACAAAUAAAAAUAUAUUUAAAGAAAUAUAAAAAAUAUAAAUUAACAUUAGAAGAUUUUACUCGUUGUAAAAAUAUUAUAGCAAAUUUCCCUGUAUAUAAAUUAGAACAUAUAAUUAAAGAAAGAUAUCCUAUAUUAUCUUAUGCAAUCGAACAUUUAGAUGAUGCCUUAAGUUGUAUUAUUGCUUAUUCUCAAUUACCUACUAAUCAUAAAUAUGGAAUUCAAAAUAAUAUGGUUAAAACAUGUGAACUAUUAAAAGAUCAUUUCCAUUAUUAUGUAUAUAAAACAAAUAAAAUUAAAAAAGCAUUUAUAACUGUUAAAGGAUAUUAUUUACAAGCAGAAAUUUUAAAAAAAAAAGUUACAUGGAUUAUACCUCAUAUAUUCACACCUUAUAUUGAUACAUCAAUUGAUUUUAAAUUAAUAUCUGAUUUUAUUGAAUAUUAUAUAGCACUCUUGAAAUUUGUAUUAUUCAAAUUAUAUAAGUUAGAUAAUAUGUUCUAUCCACCGCAACAAGAUGAACAACUCAAAAAUGAAAAGCUUACUCAUCUUUCUUAUGACAAAGAUUAUACUACAAAUAAGAAUAAUUUAAAUAUCAAUAUGGAUGAACAAACACAAAACAUAAGUAAUCAAAAUAAAGAUGAACAUCUUUCCAAGUGUCAGGAAGACAAAUCAAAAAAAAAAAAUAAUAAUAACAAAUCUGAUAAUAAUCUAUAUGAAGGUACUACCAAGAGAAAUAAUAAUAAUCAUCAUCAUAUGGGCAUGGAAAAUAAUUUGGAUCUAAAUAAAAAUAAAGAAAAAAAUAAAAAUUGUACUAAUCAUAUAAUUGAUAAAAGGGAUCAGGAAGAUGAUCAUCAUCAAGAAAGUGAUCAUCAUCAAGAAAGUGAUCAUCAUCAAGAAAGUGAUCAUCAUCAAGAAUCUGAUCAUCAUCAAGAAGCUGAUCAUCAUCAAAAAGGCGAUCAUCAUCAAGAAGUUGAUCAUCAUCAAGAAGGUGAUCAUCAUACUGAUAUAUCUGAACAUAACAAAUUAAAAGAAUUAUUUAAAAACUACAUAUUUUAUAUUCACAAUGAUAUGCCUUUCGAUGUACUAUCUAUUAUUAUUUUAUCAUGUGGAGGGAAAAUAUCUUGGAAAUCAAGUAUAUGCCCAAUACCUUAUGAUGAUACUAAUAUUACUCAUGAGAUAUAUGAAAAAGAUAAAAAUAAUAUUCAUUUGAGUAAUUCUGAAAAUGAAUAUAAAAGAAUCCACAUACAACCACAAUAUAUAUUUGAUUGCUUAAAUGAAAAAAAGAUUUUAUCAUGUUCAGAUUAUCUAACAGAUAAAGAAAAUUUACCUGUGCAUUUGUCACCAUUCAUUGAAGAUGAUAAUUUUAAAAAUCUAGUUAAAAAAGAAGAAUAUACCAUAAAUAAAAUACUCAAUCAAAAAAUUAAAGAAGAACAAUAUAAUAAAGAUCUAUCAAAUCAAAACAAUAUUUUUAAAACACAAAAUUAUAACGAAGAAGAAGAUGAUCGUGAAACAGCUAAUCUUAUUCUAAACAAUAAAAGACAAGCAGCUUUAAAUAAUCAACUAGAAAUAGAAAAUGAACAUAUUCAUCAAGAAAAACAAUAUAAUCAUAAUAUAAACAAUACACAAAAUAAAACAAAUCAAAUUAUAAAAAUACAAAAUUUAAAAACACAACAAGAAGAAAUACAAAGACAUAAAAUAGUACUUAGCAAAAAGAAAAGAAAGUUAUAUGCACGUAUGGAUAUGGCACAGAAAAAACAACAAGCAACCAUAGACAAAUUUAUGAAGAAAAUAAAUAAAAAUAAAAAUAAAUAA